AUGCCGACGUUCUACGGAGAUGUAAAAGAGUGGAACACAUUUUCUAAUUUGUUUCAUGAAGCUAUACAUAUAAGAGAUAUACCAGAUUCCGAAAAAAUGUAUAGAUUAAAGGCAGUAGUAAAAGGUGAAGCUGGCAGAUUAAUCCAGCAUAUGAAUGUAUCUGAGGCUAAUUAUAAAACAGCCUGGGAAAUGCUACAAAAAAGAUACAAUAACAGAAGGUGGUUAUUUAGAACACAGGUAGAUCAAUUACUCGACCAACCAUCUACAACGGUAGGGGAUGCUAAAAGUAUAAGGCAGCUAACAGACACAACAAACGAAUGCAUUAAUACAAUAAAAGGAAUGGAAAGCUUACAAAACUUAGAUGAGGUACAAACAUUUUUAGAACAUCAAUUUCAAGCGCUAGAUGCUAUGAAAAAUAAAGAAACAGACGAUAGAAAGAUAAAUUAUCCGAAGAAAAUAUGUGCGUACUGUAAUAAGGCGGGACAUACAACAAACGACAGCAGAAAAUUUUCAGCAAUGUCAAAUUUUGAAAGACGAUUACCAGUAAAUCAGCAAAUAAAUACAUCUAUAAACUUUAACUGUUCAUUUUGUAGAAAACAGGGGUACAAAAUAUACAGCUGCUCAUCAUUUAGUUCAUUGCCUAUCAGCAAUAAAAGAGCAUUUCUAAACGCUAACGACACGUGUAAAAUUUGCCUGAGCCAUAAAAAUCAAGACAAAUGCAUAUCAAAGUACACAUGUAAGAUAUGUAAUAGUAGAGAUCAUCAUACCUUGCUACAUAAUGAGCAUCAACAAGAAAAAAAGGAUAAAUCAACAAAAACUAAGGUGAUCGCAGUAACAAAAAAAGAUGAAAGCGAAGUAGUAUUACUACCAACAGCAAUAGUUAAAGGGAACACAAUUAGAGGAGAAUAUAAAGAACUACAUGCGCUUAUAGACCAAGGAUCCCAAGCAUCAGUGAUAUCAGAAGAAGCUGUUAAUAUCUUAGGUUUACAAAAAGUAAAAACCGAUAUUAAAUUAACUGGGCUUGCUGAAACUUCAGUAGGGCAAGCAAAUUCAAAGGUCAUAAUGGAAAUAAAAUCUAAAAUUAAUAAUAUAAAUAUGAAAGAAGAGUUUAUAGUCAUGAACAAGCUAAUUAGACCAUUGCCAGAAAAGACAAUAGACCACAAUAAGAAUCAGUGGAAAAGCUACAACUUAGCAGAUCCUGAAUUCAUGAAAACAAAACAAAUCGACUUAAUAAUAGGCAGUGACAUUAUCCCGAAAAUAAUAAAGAAAGGGUUCAAGAAAAUUAAUGGAAUUAUCGCCCAAGAAACAAUAUUUGGAUGGAUAAUAUCAGGCAAAGUAUUAAAGAAACCAGCAAAAAGAAGUAAAGUAACAAUUACAACAAAAAACAUAGAAAAGUUUUGGGAACUAGAAGAAGCAAAUAACACAAUCAAUGAAAAAACAGCAGAAGAUGAAAUAUGUAUGCAAUUUUAUGAUGACACCACUAAAAUAGACGGCGACAAAAAAUUUAUAGUGAAACUUCCAUUAAAAAAAGAUGCCACACUAGAUGAAUCUAGAAAUCAAGCAAUGGCAAGAUUCCUAAACCAAGAGAAAAAAAUGAGUAAUGAGAAAAGAACUGAAUACAUAAAAUUCAUGCAAGAAUAUGAGCAGAAAGGACAUAUGGAAAAAGUAAAAGAUAAUACAAUAGGAAAAUAUUACCUACCGCAUCAAGCAGUGAUAAGAGAAUCAAGUCGCACUACAAAACUAAGAGUAGUAUUCGAUGCAUCAGCAAAAUCGACAAAUGGAAAAAGCUUGAACGACAUAAUGAUGACGGGGCCAAGAUUACAGCAGGAUAUAUUUGAUAUAUUAAUGAAAUGGCGAUUAUGGAAAUUCGUCGCUUCAGCCGAUGUAGAAAAAAUGUUCAGGCAAAUAAAAAUUGCACGAGAAGACCAAGAUUAUCAAAGAAUUUUAUGGAGAGAAAAUGCAAGGGAAAAAAUUAUGGAAUAUAGAUUAACAACAGUUACAUAUGGAACCGCAGCUGCACCUUUUCUAGCAGUUUAUCUGCCACAAAAUAUACUUUAUACAACAUUAUAUCCAAAAAUGAUACCCGGUGGAUUUCAUAAUAUAAGUGGUCGACGAGUACCAAAAGAGCUUCAAAUAUUGUUGAGUUUUGGGCCUAAAUAUAGUCCUAUAAAGGUUCCAAAUAUUAAUGAUUAUUUUGUGGCUUUAAAUAGCUAUAAUGAGAUACAUCAAGAACAAUGUAUAAUCUUAGAUUAUCAAAGUCCUUUAGAGAUGCAAAAACAUUUUUCCCAGUUUUUGGAAAUUAUGACAAAAUACCAAAAAUCGAAUCGAACUCAUCAGAUAUUAUUUCAAAUGUAUGCAUAUGCAUCCGAGUAUAUUAAAAAACAAAAAGAUCUUAUAAUUGUACAAGCUGACAAAGGACAUUCUACAUGUUUAAUGAAAAAAAUUGACUACAUACGAAAAAUGAAUAUAUGGAUAGAUCAAAAUUAG